AAAGUCCGCAUUUUUGUGAUUUUCAAAUGGGCUCGGCUCCAUUGAGUGACUAGACUUUCUCCACUUUGCACUUUCCAUUAUCGAAACGUGUCACGAGUCACGACCCCUGAACAAGCCUACCUGGUAAACAGCCAGCUAAACCAAAGCGAAUACACUCUCUUUCCUUUUUAACAUUUCGCCAUUCCCCAUCAUCACUUGCGACAAAACACACCGAAACCAAUCUCUCUCUCUUUUGCCAGUCGGUGAAUAUGUCCUCUUUGCUUUGAAACACAACCACUAUUCAUCCUCUCACUCACUAACUCCUAAAAACUUGUGUUAAUGGAGAACUCUCCUUUCUCCCCAUUCUCUUACGUCACACGCGUCACUCACUCAGAUUUUUCUUCCAACUUGCUCCUUCUCCAACUUCAACCUUCCACACAUUUCUUUCCCACCCAGCAAACUUUCGUUAAUAUUCCAUCUCUUUUAUUCAAAAUUUCCCAUAUAUAUAUGUAAUUAUAUCCCUGUUGCUUGGCUUUGAUUCCUCAUUUGGUAUCCAAUGUCAAGACCCAGAACCAACCGCAUUGCGGUGUCGUUUGAGAAUUUCUUCCAAGGCUGGCUAGUACGUCAAGAGCACUACUUGGAGGAGCUACUCUCGGCCAAAGACGACUGCCACGACGAUCUCAAAGACUUGAUCAACCGCGUUCUCGCUCAUUAUCAUCAGUACUACGAAGAAAAAUCAAGACUCGCUCAUCGUAACAUCUUCUUGCUAUUUUCUCCCACCUGGUUCACUGCCUUCGAACAAACCUUCUUUUGGAUCGCAGGUUUCAAGCCAACUCUUGCCUUCGCUCUCGUAAACGACGCCAUUACUUUAACUCAGGAGCAAAACCAGAGGAUAAAUAGUCUCAAAGGAGAGAUUCGGAUGGAGGAAAAAAUACUCAACGAUGAGCUGGCCAAAAUUCAGGAGAGCGUGGCGGCUCCCCCGAUAAUGGAAUUAGCGAGGCGGUGGGGAAGUUCGGUUGACGGCGGGAUUACGGAGGAGCAAGAGGUGAUGCAGAGUCUCCGGUCAGCCCUGGAGUCGUUGGUGGCAAGUGCUGAUUUGUUGAGGACGACGACUGCGAGGAAGGUGGUGGAGAUAUUAAAUCCGGUGCAGAAUGUGAGAUUUUUGGCGGCGGCGACUCAACUUCAGCUUAGGAUUAGGAGUUGGGGAUUGCAAAGAGAAGGUGAAGGACAAGAAACACAGAUUGAAUAGACAUAGCGGUAGUUUGUUUUACAAGGGGUUCUUGAAAUUUAAAAAAAUGAAGGACUUUUGACGGCAACGUUAGUGCUUUUUAAUCUCGGUACACACGGAUCCAUUUAAUUGUAUUUGGAUGUUUAUCUGACUCAGAGAAGGGAAAGAGACUCACGACGUAUCCAAAUCAAUUUUAUUUGACAUCGUUCUUUAAUCGUACCCAGAAAUUACGCUCAUAUGCAUAGAUGUCAGCAUAUUUAUCU